AUGGCGGAAAGUGAGAAGUCGUCUGAAAAUUCGUCUCUUAAAAAGAAUGAAAAAAAGAACGUCAUACUGUGCCUACACUGUAAAAAAAAAGUUGUGAACGUAGUGAAGUGCAAAAAGUGUAAUAACUCCUUUCAUCCUGCUUGUCUGGAGCAGGCAGGCGAGUUGAAAAAUACCAAUUGUAUGCACGAAUCAAGCAAGGUUAGAAGAGAGAGUGUAAACAUGCUGCUCUGUGAAGAAUCAACGGAGUUGGAUCUUCUAAGAACGCUGGUGAAAGAACUGCAAAGCAAAAAUCGAAUCGCGGAAGAAAACAGUCAACUUUUGAGAGAAAAGGUGCAUUUCCUUGAAGAUAGAGUUGAUUAUCUAAAUAAAAAGGUCCAACACGAAAAUACCAAACAUCCAUCGGAUUCAGUGACAUCUAACGAGGAACCUCGCAAAAUCCAUAAUGCGGUUGCAAACAACGAAAUCGUAAUUCUGGAAAAUCUUAAGUGCUGA